CCGUUCAGCGGGGGGGGGGGGUCGCCGUUUCACCGCCGGAACACACUCGACACACACACCUGGACUGUUUUAGUGUGACGUCACAUCACCAGCCGUGCCGUGCACCGCUGUGUGUGUGCUCGGUGUCUCCGCCGUCUGUCCCGCCGUGUGUGUCUGUAGUUCUGUCCGGAGCGCCCCCCCUCCUCCCUGGUUAAAGUGGUCCGUCCCGCCCCGCUGCCAUGUUGGAUGGACGCAUCGCGUCGCCGCUGCAGCUGCAGAGUUUCCGCAUCAAAGUUGAGCUCCUGUCCGCAGCACGCACCGGGCCGCCCGCACUCCGCCCCGCACCUGCAGGCCGCGUCUGAGCGCGUCUCCCCGCCGAGAGCCACGCCGCGGAGCCCCGCUGCCCGCCCUGCGCGCCCUCCGCCCGGACUCCGCCGGAUGAGAUGAUCCGGUCGCAGGCCACGGCGACCAGAGCCUGCAUGGAUUCGCUGUAAUCCUCCUCCAAACCCCCCCACGGGAGAAGUGCGUCGGUUUUUGCGUGAAUUCCUAGUUCGGAGAUGAACAGCCACGCGCCGCCCCGCAGGGCUGCCAACGUGGGCUCCAUCCUGCUCACCCCGCAGGAGAACGACUGUCUGUUCGGCUACCUGGGCAGGAAAUGCGUGACGCUGUGCUCGGCCGUGGUCCAGGUGUACGGCGCCGAGCGCUCCUGCAGCUGGGUGAAGAGGUGCUGCGGCGUCGCCUGCCUGGUCAAAGACAACCCGCAGAGGUCCUACUUCAUCAGGGUGUUCGACAUCAAGGAAGGGAAAACCAUGUUUGAACAGGAACUGUACAACAACUUCUCCAUCAGCAGCUCCAGGUCCUACUUCAUCUCGUUCACAGGAGACACCUGUCAGAUCGGCCUGAACUUCGCCAGUGAAGAAGAGGCCAAGAGGUUCAGAGUCGCCAUCAACGACCUGCUGAACCGACGGCAACGCAAAACCGAGAAAAGAUGUGACCCUCCAAACGGUCCGGCUCUGCCGAUGGCCACGGUGGACAUCAAGAACCCGGAGAUCAACAACGUGCGUUUCCACAGCGCCCCCUGCCAGCCGCCGCCGCAGCAGCAGCCGUACCACCUGAACAACAUGCUGAGCCACGGCGGCCUCGCCCGCAAGGACAAGAAGACCAAAGGCAAGAAGAAGAAGCUGACCAAGGCCGACAUCGGCACGCCCAGCAACUUCCAGCACAUCGGUCAUGUUGGCUGGGACCCAAACACAGGUUUCGAUCUGAACAACCUGGACCCCGAGCUGAAGAACCUGUUCGACAUGUGCGGCAUCUCCGAGGCCCAGCUCAAGGACAAGGAGACGUCCAAGGUCAUCUACGACUUCAUCGAGAAGAAGGGAGGAGUGGAGGCCGUGAAGAACGAGCUGCGCAGGCAAGCCCCCCCUCCCCCUCCCUCUCGCGGCGGCCCCCCUCCUCCUCCGCCCCCCCACAGCUCGGCCCCUCCCCCUCCUCCUCCCCCGUCCAGAGGAGGCCGCGGCGCCCCGCCUCCCCCGCCUCCCUCCCGAGCCCCCACCUCCGCCCCCCCUCCCCCUCCCCCCUCCAGGCCGGGCACCCUGGGCGCGCCUCCUCCCCCGCCUCCCCCCACCAGAGGAGGUCACCAGCACCACCAGGCUCCUCCUCCUCCUCCGCCCUCGCACGCCUCUGUCGCCCCGCAGGCUCCGCCCCCUCCACCCCCCCCUGCGGCCCCGCAGCCUCCGGCGGUUAGCGGCGGCGGUAACGCCGCUCCCCCUCCCCCACCCCCUCCUCCUCCUCCCCCUCCCCCGCCCGGCCCCCCUCCCCCGCCGGAGCUGGACGGCGUCGGAGGAGGAGGAGGCGGAGACUCGCCGCACUCGCCGGGCGGGAAGUCGGCGCUGCUGGAGCAGAUCAGAGGCGGAACGCAGCUCAAGAAGGUGGAGCUUAACCAGCGAGCGCCGGUCAGCAGCACGGGGCGGGACGCCCUGCUGGACCAGAUCAGACAGGGCAUCCAGCUCAAGACCGUGUCGGAGAACCCGGAGUCCGGCCCGCCGACUCCGGCUCCGGCCGCGGGCAUUGUGGGAGCUCUGAUGGAGGUGAUGCAGAAGAGGAGCAAAGCCAUCCACUCCUCAGACGAAGACGAGGACGACGACGAAGACGAGGACUUCGAGGACGAUGACGAGUGGGACGACUAGUGACGACCCCGCCCCCUCCCUCAAGCCCCGCCCCCUCCACCCCCCCGACUGACACUACAACAUCUUCUAAAAAAAAAAAUCUUCCACAAGCUGAACUAAAAUUGUAAUGUAAAUGUUGUAUGAAGUUGCUGUAUAUUUAUUGUUGCCUUUUUUUCGCUUUUUGUUUUUUUAUUAUUAUCAUUAUUAUUAUUGUUGUUAUUAUUAAUCUGUGCAAUACCUCAUUCAUUUAAUCUGUAAAGUUCGUCUCGUCUGUAAAGAGUCUCCACUUCCGUCCGGGACGUCCCGUCUCCUGACCCGCAGCCGGCAGGAAGCCGGAGCGACUCCGUUAAGCGCUCCCCGGAAACAUUUCCACGUGUCGGGAGUUUUUUUUGUUCCUCGUGUGAGAGAGGAGAGGAGAGGAGAGGAGAGGAGAGGAGAGGAGAGGAGAGGGGGAUGAAGGUGAAGCGGCGCGCGGCGACUCGGGCAGGAGCCUCCGCGCUCACUUCCUGUUCGGGCCUCGUUCGCCUCGCACAAAUUAUUUUUCCUAAGACGGUCGAGUCGCUCGGAGGCCGAGGCCGAGCGCCUCGACUCGGCACAGCUCGACACAGCUUUGUGUUUGUGUGUGUGUGUGUGUGUGUGUGUGUGUGUGGCGCAGAAAGUGAACCAUCCAUGUCUUAUUUCUUUUUUCUUGUAUUUUUUUUUUUUUUUUUUGGGAAAGACACUAUUCCUGGACGUUUUAAAAGCUCAAGGAUUUGCGUUAACGUGCCGU